GCGGAAAUACAGAAACACGGCUGUUUCUCAAGUGGCGUGUUUUACGGUGCAUUCUCGGUCGUAGAGCUCGCUAGUUGUAGUCAGAGAAGAAAAGAUACCUUCAAGCAUUGCGGACUGUCGGUUGACGAAAAGAUCAAGGGGUAUCUACCCAUAUCGAUCCUUGUGAUGACAAAUGACGAGGACAUUUUGUAAAAGCUGAAUGAGGUCACGGGUCUGUAGCUUGACAAAUUUAUCAGACGCUGGGUAUAUGUAGUUAGCUAAAGACACAGAAACUCUCAGGGUGGUACCAAAUGACUCAGAGAAGCAAUGUCAGGAAAAACCAGUCGUCCGCCAUUCACCAGACACAUUAGCUUCACAGGGACAUUAAAAGAGAAGCUUGCUGAGAUAUUUAAAUAGAAAAUUAGUCGACGUAUUCAGUUCCGAAACGAUUAGGAGUUGGAAAUGACCUAUGUAACACACCACUGCCAGCGACAGUGCAGCGGUUUGUCCGUUAACGCCACCAAUUCGACUCUUUUGCGUAUUAUGCAUCCCGAAUCAUUUUAGUAAAACACAAUACAUAAAGGAAUGGUCAUCAGAAAAAAAGAUUUAAUUAUCGUUCCUUAGACCAAUCAAACGAAAGGAGAAUUAAAACCCUCGGCGCAACGCGUUUGCGUGAACUUUGCGUUUCUCAGAAUUUGAAGAACAAGUCAUUUGUUUGGUGCCGUGUUUAACACCAGAGAAUAUUGAACGGUUUGUCUCUGGUGGAUACAAUUCAACGUCGGAUCCUGGCACAUAGGAAAUCAGAAUCCCAAAGAUUCAGAUGCUGGAAUGCUCUUUAAGACAAUGGACUCUACGUUAUUCGAUUUUGCCCUAGAUUUGGAACAGAUUGAAUGCAAUUGCAGGAUUCAGCAAAGGAAAGAUUUUCAUGUAAAGAAGUAAAUAUGUAACUAUAAUUACUGAGAAGUAAGCAGGGACAUAAGGCUACUUUUCAACAAUGAUUUAACGUCGCACUCAGUUUCAGAAGUUAGAGAGGACAAAUUCUGGGUAAAUAUUUAGGACACACCGGCCAUUUGGCUGCAUUGGGAAACAUGGAGGAAGCAAACGUGACCAACGCAUCUUGGCCUUAUAUUCACCAAUUUCAAACAGCAGUGACCGCCGGCAAUCAUUACGUGUUUCCAGGCACGGAAGACGUUUUGGUUGCCGUGGGCAUGCUUUUAACAAACACUUCGACGGAAACAUUGAAACCUUUUGAUUUGUGCAACAUGCACGGGAAACACAUGGAUCUUGAUGUCAAUUUGACUCGUUCACCAAUUUAUGAAGCUACAUUAAGUGCCCAUAGAGCUUAUACAUUGUCGCAUCAGUUAUACAUAUGGCUACUGCCAGUUGUUAUAUUAUUUGGAACUGUUGGCAAUGUGUUAUCAUUUCUGGUGGUAAGACGGCACAAAAAGAUGCAGAACUUUCCUAUACGCAUCUACAUCAGUGUGUUGUCGGUGGCGGACACUUUGGUGCUAUAUUUGAGCGGAUUUCGGUACUGGGUCGGUAAGGUGACAGGAGCAGACAUCAAAAUGCUCAACGAUCUCUUCUGCGCUGUUUUUGGUGGCUUUUUGUACCAUUUUGUGCGUCACCUUGCUGUCUGGACGGUCGUCGUUGUCACCUGCGAGAGAUUCCUCCUCCUAACUUUUCCGACACAAACGUUCACGGUACUUCGCAGGCCAAUGGUCAUUAUGGCGGUGUUAUCGGCCGUUAUCGCGGUGAUAGACAGCUCGACAUUGUUCACAUUUAGGAUAACCGAUGACUGUGUGUUUAACGACGGUUCCACGACGAUGACCAUACAGCACAGGUGCGUCGCCAAUAUGACGGUGGCAAGAUCCAUAUGGCCCUGGAUCGAUUUCUCCAUGUAUUGCUUUAUUCCCGUGACCAUUCUUUGCUUUAUGAACAUAGCGAUAAUGUUUGGUCUAUUUCGGGCGGACACUAAAAGAGAUAUGUGUAAAUAUAACGCCAUUGUGGCUCAUUCCCGCUACCACAGCCAUAGAAAGUUUGCGAGGACCAGCUCAACAGCAAGUUGCGAAAGCACCGCCAGUAAACUUAGCUACGGAAAACCAGCGAAUAAAAAGGGUUAUUUUACAGUCAUGCCACUCGUCGUGAGCACGACGCUAAUUCUCUUGACCACGCCCAUUACUGUAUUAGAGAUAAUUUAUUCAGACAUCAAAACAGCUGACCCGCACGUGGUGUCCGUAAUACGACUUAUCCGCACAAUUACGUUUCUGUUGAUGUACGUCAAUCAUUCGAUCAAUUUACUUUUAUAUGUCAUAACGGGAAGAACAUUUCGUAAGGAGUUGUGUAAUAUGUUCCCAUGCACUACAUCGUGCAGAGAGCAGCAGCGCAGUAAUUCUAGCAGAGAUUUGGCAACUUUUAAUGUUAGCAAAAAUCGAAAAACAAAAAUUAAUGUUUGACGUGAUUUCUCCAGUUCCAACAUGAAGUGGUAAACAGAUCUUUAUUUGUUUUAAUCUUCAAGUAAUGGACUUUACCUCUUAUGAGCUAUGGGUCUCCACAAACUACAUUGAACUAUUCAUUUGAUCUACACGAUGUGUGUGAGCUAGAAUACGGAGUCCAGCAGGGAGGCAAGUUUCACUCAUUGUAGUUUUAUGUACAUUGUAGAAGUUGCAAUUUUCAUUUUAUUGCACAAUACUUAUUUAAUAACUUAAAGUAUCUUUAU